AUGUCGUCCAGACCCGAGCUCGAGAACAAGCUUCCCAGCCUGAAGCGCUACAUCACAACACACGAUCCCACGACAAAGAAAGCUGUCUUCUCAGACGCCGCCGAAGAGACACUGAAGUGGGACAAGAUUCCCAGCGCAGCCUUUGGUCUUCCCUACGUCACCAAGGGCCACCCCGUCAAUCUAAACGAUGACGCGGACAUCAAUGUCUACAAGCCAUUCCUUGAAAACGCUCCUGGCCUCGUCACAUCCGGAGGCACAGUUCUGCGCUUUGUCGAUAUGGAGCCUGGUGUGCUGUCACCCAUGCACCGAACCGUCUCGCUCGACUACGGCGUAGUAAUCGAGGGUGAGGUUGAGUUGGUGCUCGACUCUGGUGAAACUCGGAUACUGAAGCGUGGAGAUGUGGCCAUCCAGAGGGGCACAAUGCACGCGUGGAGAAACCUGAGCAAGGACAGCUGGGCAAGGAUGAUGUAUGUGUUGCAGGAAAGCAAGCCUAUAGAAAUCGCUGGAGAGACACUGAAGGAGGACUAUGGAUCUAUGGCGGGCGUCCCUGCUUCUCAUUAG